AGGAUUGGAGAGGUAAUGGUUGUCUCCUCCCCGUCUCUUGCAGCCCAGUUCAACGGGAGCGAGAACCGGCAGUCUUCUCCUUCGCCUUCCCGCGACAGGCGCCGCCAGCUCCGAGCGCCCGGGGGCGGCUUCAAACCCACCAAGCACGGCAGCCCGGAGUUCUGUGGGAUCCUGGGGGAGAGAGUGGAUCCAGCCGUGCCCCUGGAAAAGCAAAUAUGGUAUCACGGAGCAAUCAGUCGGACAGACGCAGAAACCUUGCUGCGGCUGUGCAAGGAGUGUAGCUACCUUGUCAGGAACAGUCAAACAAGCAAGCACGACUAUUCUCUUUCCUUGAAGAGCAGCCAAGGGUUCAUGCACAUGAAACUGACCAAAACCAAAGAGAAAUACGUCCUGGGCCAGAACAGCCCCCCGUUCGACAGCGUUCCAGAGGUCAUCCACUACUACACCACCAAAAAACUGCCCAUCAAGGGCGCAGAACACUUGUCCCUGCUUUACCCAGUGGCCGUCCGGACCCUCUAGCGCCAGCUUGGGCCCUGCAGUGGGCAGGAGGCACCGGCAAGCCACGGAGCAGGACGUGGCUGCGGUGACCAGAACUCGGAAUUGGUGGCGAAGUGAAGACGCCCCGUCUUUCCUCUGCGGUGCAUGCUGGCUGGCUGCCCACCCCCGC